AUGACGUCUCAAAGUCCUCAUGGUCUUCCUCCCGCCACAAUAGAGGCUAUUGCUGGUCUGACAGCAGGGCUCACUUCCACUGUCAUUGUCCAUCCUCUGGAUAUUAUAAAGACAAGACUGCAAGUGGACUCUUCCUCCCAUCCUCUCCUCAAUUCCUCUCGUUCGGUUCUUCGGGAUAUCUUGCGCAAUGAGGGUCCUACCCGAAUUGCAGCCCUAUAUCGCGGUUUGACUCCGAAUCUCGUCGGAAACUCGUUGGGUUGGGGUUUAUAUUUCUUGUGGUAUCACGAAGCUCAAGAUCUGAUCCGCAGUAUUCGAGGCUAUGAACCAGGCCAUCAACUCACCUCGGUCGACUAUCUUUCUGCGUCAGCCCUGUCCGGUCUUCUGUCAGCAAUACUUACAAAUCCUGUCUGGGUGGUCAAAACCCGCAUGCUCUCGACCUCGGCGACUCAGGCCGGCGCAUAUCCGAGCAUGGUUUCUGGUCUGCGUUCCAUAUAUCGAACUGAAGGUGUACGGGGCUUUUUUCACGGUCUGACGCCCGCAUUUGUUGGGGUCAGUCAUGGCUCACUGUAUUUCCUGGCCUAUGAAAAGCUCAAGAUAUGGUGCAACGACUUCAAGAAAGGUCAAGAACUCUCCAACCUCGACACGCUGAUCACUUCAUCGCUUUCCAAAAUAUUCGCUGGAGUCUUGACGUAUCCCCACCAGCUGAUUCGGGCUAGACUGCAAACUUAUGACCCAAGGGCUACCACGCAUGUCCGAGGACCCGGCGUCAUUGGCUUGAUGAAACAAGUCUGGCGUAACGAAGGUAUUAUAGGUUAUUACAAAGGUCUUUUUCCCAACCUCCUCCGUGUCGUCCCGAGCACCUGUGUUACGUUCCUGGUGUAUGAAAACGCUCGCUGGAGUUUCCCAAGGAUGCUUGGGACCCGGGAGAAGGAUGAUUCUAGCGCUGUUGGCACGGAGGUGGCGCGGCAGGUGGACAGGAAGGGACCCUUGUAA